AUGAGCAUUCCUGUGACGCAAGUGAAGUGGCAUCUGGCUGCCUUGGAACGUCUAGGAGUACAACAUGAAAUAAUUAAUUCAACAUUAAUUGAUGAUAAAAUUGAAUCACCAACAGAUGAUAAGAUGUUGAAAAUGCUAAAUAAAAUUGAAAGUGCUGAUGCUCGAUUAAUCAUAUACAACGGCACAAUUAAUUGGAAAAUCGCACGAAUAUUAUUAGAUUGUGGUGCUAUAUAUGCGUUACCACGAUUGUAUCGUAGAUUUAUUACUGCAUUUUCUCAACUAGCAACCCCGUUAACCGAUUUGGAAAAGGCUGAUCGUGAUUUUAACUAG